AAUAGUCAUAGACUCUGAGGCAGUUGCAGACUUUGAAAACUCUUAACACAAUGAAAAUAUUAUUGACUGUCUUCUUAUGUGGGCUUGCCCUCUGCUAUGCUGAAGAUGAUAAACUAGGUUUGUAACUUGUUAAGUAUUUAUGAUAAAUUAUUAAUGUUCCAGUUAAUUUUAUUUGUAUUUGAAAUGAAUGCUUAUUUUAUGUGCAAUAUAUAUGUAUAUAAUCUUACUUCCUUAUUUUUUUUUUUCUAUACAGUGGCCUGUUUGGCAAAAGCAUUUCAGGUAACAAUAUUAUAAAAUGUUUAAAACGUUUGCUUGUCUAGUUAAAACAUAUCACAAAUAGAUUUGCAAAUGUUGUCAAUUAUUUUCCUUCUUAUAUAUAAAACUGUUAUAUAUUUGCUGUCAAUCUGUCAAUGUGUAUCUUAAUUCAUUUGUAAAAAUAAUGUAAUAUUUACACAUUUUAAAGAUUUCAAUAGAGGUUGGUAUCAUGGAAACAAUUGUUUGAAUUGAUCCCUUUUACAAUAUUAUUUUCUGUUUUCAGUUCAGAUGGCAUAACCAUGAUCAGUUGAAGCCUAGUGAGAACAGUAAUGUUUAUUUCCCAAAAAUACCUACAGCUGAAUUAAAUCUAUCUUUCCCUUUAUAGAAUAUAUAUUUGUCAAAUAUUGUUGCCACAUGUAAAGGUUUCAUAUGUGCUAGUGAUUACAUUUGUUUUAAAAUAGACAAAAGUAUAAAAUAAGUUCAGAUGAUAUGUCACCCACAAAUAAUGAUUGUUUUGUGCCAAACUUAUAUUCAGGGAUGGGCAGUGUCAAGGAAAUCCUGACUUCUGUAUGAUUUACGGUUCCAGAUUAGCAUGCUUAGGUUACUGGUCCAGAGAAAUCAUUUAACACACAGACAGCAAGUCUGUAUAAAGAUGAUUCUGAGUCUUAUUGGGAGAGCGAAGUUUUUUAUGCAGUUCAGACAAACAAACGUCAAAAUAGAAUUUCUAACUAGUUUCAUAUAGUAUUCCUGUGAUCACAUAAUCUUCUGAGCGUUAUCUCUUGGCAGGGUUCCCAAGUUUCUGCGGGAACAACUCCUGCAACAUGCAUUAUUUUGGCCAAAUUUGAUAUCUGCUGCAUAUACAUAAUAACUAAAACUAGCAUAGUGAGACAAGAUGCAGGGACAUAGUGAGACAAGAUGCAGAGACAUAGUGAGACAAGAUGGAGGGACAUAGACUCCUAUCCUUCACAGGAGAAGAUUGACUCCAUCUGUUAUUGAACACUCUUGAAGCUUUUUCUGGAGAGCUACUCUUUAACCAACCUGGACACUCCUGACACUUAGUGACACUCACUCUUCCAUAAUUGAGAUUUGUUACAAAGAGUAUCACAAAGGCAUUUAUGCUAAUUCACAUCCUACAGCAUUGUACAUUAAACAUAUCAAACUUGUAAGGAAAUACUACUAACAGCAAAUUAGUAAAUGAAUCUUAUAACUCUAUUUUGGGAUACAAUUAACAAAUACUAGCAUUCUUAAUAGCUGUAAUAAAACAGACUAACUAAUUGUAAAUAUUUUCCACUUUUCAAUAUUACAAUAUGUGUUUUGAAAUUGGCACUUUAACACAAUAUAAACAAAUAUUCAGCACUACAAAACGAUCAUAUAUGUAACUUGUGACUUAUCAACUAAAUCUUUUUAUAAUCUUCAACUAUCGCGACUCUCAUGAGAUGUUUUACUAAACAAGUUUUAAAUUGACAAUACUAAUAAGUUGUGUUAAAAUGAAAAACCUCUACAAAUUAUCAUUCAUGUAAACUUAAGACUUGUGAAAUAAAUUUAUUCAUGAUUUUUCUAUCUUUUUUUUUAAAGAAAUCACCGCCUAUUGCUACUUCUUCGAUUGAUCUUUUUUGUCACUAUGGAGAAAGUGUAAGAAAUUAUGUUUCUGUAAAAAUUAUUCCUAAUAGGAAUGCACCAUAAAAUAAAUUUUCAAAUAUUGAAUAAAGAGUUACUCAAGCUCUAUGACUACUUCAGGGAUUUGAGGUGGUCAUGGUGUUUGGAGUCUGUAUACCCAGCCUUUUGCUUUGAUGCACAUAUGGAGUUUUGUAGGAAUAAUUGUGGGACAACAGAUUAAAAAUAAUAUUCUGUGAAAAUCAUGAAACAUUAAAAUCUUGUUGUGAUCUGGACUUUGAGUCCUUCACCAUGAGAUGGAAGCCCUUCAUUGUUUGAAUAGCACACACUAGAUUUUAUAGCUCGGAAGAAUCAACAAAUCUAUUUGUUUGCUGUCUUAGUUAAAGUGGUUAGACCAUGGUCUAAUAAUGAUCCCAUUUUCUUAAUUGUUAAUUGUGAGCUGUAGUGUGUGUAAUACUCACAGUACAGGUCACAAUAAUAUUCACAUUUUCUGGCAUAACAUGUAUGACACUUUAACUCCUUUGCUUCCAGAGGUGUAACUCCACCUCUGCAACAUUAUUAGGGCAUCUUCAUCCAGACCUAGAAAAAAAGUCCGAGGCAAACUAAAGUCAAUUCUGUGCGCAUUCAUUUGUUGAGUGGUCAGCUGACACUUGUGAUGACAAAAUAUAUGAAUAAUCCAUUUGUUGUGUAGAGAAUUUAUUAUCCAAAUGUUGCAUCUUUGAGAACAUAUGAUCCCUGUCCUCCUCAAGAUGUCUUACUGUGUGGUAAAUAUUGGGAAUCUCCAUACUUAAGGCCUGGAAUUUGUUCUGAAAAGAAGCAGCAAUAUAGCCAUCAUUGAUUCAAUGUUGAUUUAUGAUGAAAAGUUAUGCAGCAUUUCUCGAGAGCCAAAGUGCUGGAGUAUGAAAAUUGUUUUAACAUAGGCCUCAAUUUAAUAUUGUUGGAUAUGCUUUCUAAGCGACAAUAUUUUUGGAUAAACUUUUGAAAUUGUUAUGUAAUAUGCUGAUAUUGUUUGAUAUUUUAAAAAUAGUUUUAAGCGUAUAGCAUGUAAAAAAAUAAAACAAUUCAUUGGGGGAAUUAUCCAAUAAUAGUAAAUCGAGGUUAUAGGCUGGCUGUGUUGAGGAAGGCUUUGGAUAGAGGGCAUAAAUGCCGUGUUGUCCUUCUAGCUCAGCAGUCUUCAAGCAAUUGCAAAAAUAUUUAGUCAAGUCACCCAAUUUUCUCCCAAGGCCUGAGUCAGGUGGGUCCAGGGAGGCUCGAGAUUUCUUCCUAUUGUCCAUAAAAGCAACUGGUGCAUCAAUUGCACUGGACUUUCUCAGUAAGUUGGGAGCUAUCUGAAAACUGGUCUACUUACAUAAAAACACCAAUGUAAAUUUUACUGUGUAUAAAGUGAAUGGUGGUUAAAAAUUAAAAAAAAAAAAAAGUAGCUUUAUCUUAUCUGCAAGAAUAUAUAUCCUAUAAAUACAGGACUGCAUAAAGGAUUAUUAAAAAAAGUAUUUCUGACCAAUACCAAUUUGAAUGACAUAUACUGUAUUCAGUGUUUUAAAGUUAGUUUACUAAACCAUUUAUGUGGUUCUACAGCCUGAAAAGGAUCGGGAGUUACUUAAUGGUAUCAAUGAUGCUUGGAAACCAGUUGCGGUAAGAAGACAGUUUUUUCAAUAAAUAUGUGUUAACAUUUCAAGAAAAUCACAUAAAUGUUCAGUUUUAUUAUAAAACUAAACUGCUGAUUAUAGAAAGUUUCCAUUUGAUUCCAUUUAAAUCCUGUUUUCGGUGUGAUUUUGGAUAUGUAAUAUAUAGGGUUAUUUACUAAUUUGAGACUUCAAAGUGAAUUCAGAGUGCCUUUGAAAUUUAAGGCCAGAGUAGUCAAACUGAAAGGAUAGCUGACAUUUAUAAAUGAUAACACUAACUUUGCAAUGUGUGUAUGCAUUUAAAUGUUUUCUGUUUGAACUGAUUUUAACUUACAUAACCUUAUAUAUUAUACUUGUGCUGCUUAGAAAGAAGGUAUCUGUAACAUAAUUAUAGCUGGGAAGUUUUUUAAAUUCUGCAAAGCAAGUACUAGAAUUGUCGAUGUGUUGUGCACCAAGAUCUAACUGUAGUAAGAUUAAUAUUUUAUUCUAUAGCUCUAAUGUACUAAAACUUAGUUUGAUCUUCAGAGACUUAAUGGAAAUUGUUUUCAGGGCAAAAACAUGUGCUGUUCUGGGACAAAGAGUUAAACAACCACUUUAAAACAAUAUUUAGAACUUUACACUUAAAAUAACAUGUACUAUGCUUUAAUAAAUGUCCUCCAUAGCAUGAAAGCACUUCCCAUGAGUCAAAACACUUACUAGACAUUAUGCUAUGUUAGGUUUGUAUUAUAUGAUUGUGAAAAAAUGAGUCUAAUGUUUGAAAUAGUUUACCAUGGAUUGAGUCUCACUGAAAAUAUAUUUAACAAAUACACAAACCCAUUUAUCACUCAAACAUUUUAAAUUUUCUUCAAACAUUUUAAAUUUUCAAGUUGAGCUAAAAUUACCAAAUUACAUUCUAUUCUAUAUUCUCCUUACAGGGGGAGCUUGGUUGUGGAAUUAAUUCAAUUGCAAAUAUAAAUGCGGUAAGUAUAUAGACUAUACAUACACAAAUCAUUACAUAUCAAGGAUGUUGAGAUUUGUUUUCCCCUAAGUGCUAACAAUGUACAUAUAUAUAUUUUGAUUAACUAAGUUGUUUCAGUUAUGCAGAUAUAUAGUUAAGCUAAAGGUUUUCUACUAUUUGAUUAACUGCUCUAGGAACUACCAUACCAAUGCACAUUACACAUGGCCCAUUAAAAUCAAUCAUUAAAAUGUGAUUUCUAAAUUAAUUAUAAUAGAAACAACCUCCAACUUUAACUCAUUUAAAAAAAUGGCUCUUCCUAAUUUUGGUCUUCAACUCUUUAGUAGAUAGAUUCCUAAUUUGGUCCCUUUAUGAGGAACUGUCAUUGUGAAAAUACUUUUUUAGGGAGCUAUGUACUAAACGUAACAGCUCCCUAAUUUAGUUCUCCUUUUAAGGAUUGUCGUGUUUAAGAGUACCAAAUUAGACAGCUGUUAUGUAGAUAGUUACCAAACACAACAGCUCCCUAAUUCUUUCUUUAUGUAUAAGUUUAAAAAUACAUAAUUAUGUGAGGGGGUAGUGGGAGAUCUACUCUAAAGAGCACUCUUAUCAAUAUAUCCCUUACAGCUUAGUGUAGUGCAAUGCUGAUUAGAGUGUCUGGUUAUUGUAGUAGUGCAGUCUGGGAUCAGGAUGGUGAUAAUUGGCUGAGAGUGCGAGUAGGAGUGUCCAGGUUGGAUGGACUUCACGUUGAUAAUGCAAAAGUGUAGAGUGCUUUUCCACUACAGCUUAGGAGGGAAAGUCUCCAUGGUUUGACAUAGAACUGUACUGGUUAUGUUGUUUACAGUGUCCCUUUAAUAAUAUGAUUUGUAACACAUUUUAUGUUAACAAGCUACAUAAAUGUAAUAAAGUUGGCUUUUAUUAAAAACAAAAACAAAAACAAAAAAAAACUUUAGUAUUCAGCCUAAAUAUUAUUUUAGGAUUCAACUCUUAAAGAAGUUACUGAAGAGGCUGUACGUGUUGUUGGGCUAGUGCUCAAGGCUUUGGUAAGUAUACUAUUACUAUAAUACUACUGUAAUUCCUUUGUUGCAAGUGAAAAUGAUUACUAAUUAUUGUGGGGUAUUGUGGUUGUGGGGUAAUUAGGGCAUAACCCAACACAGAACUCAAUAAGAAGAUUAGUACAAACUAGUGAAAAACAAGCCAAUACCAAUCCUAUUACCCUUAUUAAAGUAUUAGUCCAACAUUGGAAUGAGAAAACGUUAACCUAGACUAUUUCCAAGCUGAUCAUUCUGACUAUCUAUAUAGGAUCCAUCUGCUUAUCCAAUUUUAUUUAUUUUCUAUUUUUUCAUGUCAUCUCAUUUUUCUGGCAAUGUUUUUUGUGUGUUUUUGUAUCAUCCUUAUAGGGAUUUUAUUACGUUUUAAUUAUAAAUUUUUAAGGUUUUCUCAUUCCAGUGUUGGACUAGUACUUUAAUAGGGGUAAUAGGAUUGGUAUUGGGCUUGUUUUGCACUAGUCUGUACUAAUCCUCUUAUUAAUAUAUUUUUUGAAUGGCAAAUAGAAUUAUGCACAAUGGGACAGUUUGGUUUUGCUGAAUUAUUUUACCAGAAACAGAGAUUUUGCUUAGGAUUUUUGGUGUGAUGGUUAACUUCACGUAAUGGUUCAUUUCAGCAUAUUUUUGUCCUUGAAAAAAUAUUCUAGGAAAACAAAAAGGUGCACAAAUAUACAGUAUCUCACAAAAGUGAGUACACCCCUCACAUUAUUGUAAAUAUUUGAUUAUAUAUUUUCAUGUGACACCACUGAAGAAAUGACACUGUCCUACAAUGUAAACUAGUAAGCGUACAGUCUGUAUGACAGUGUAAAUUUGCUGUCCCCUCAAAAUAACUUAACACAUAGCCAUUAAUGUCUAAACCGUUGGCAACAAAAGUGAGUACUUAAAUAUAUUUAGUAGUACACUGUACAUUUUCCUGCCACGUGCUUCACAGAUCAUGUGAGAAAAAGUAAACAAUAGAGUGAAAAAGAGAAGCAGCAAUAUAUAUAUAUAUAUAUAUAUAUAUAUAUAUAUAAUAAAUUUUUAAAGGGACGCUAUAGUCACCAGAAGAACUACAGCUUAACCCCUUAAGGACACAACUUUUGGAAUAAAAGGGAAUCUUGAUGGAAUAUUUCUGUCAUGUGUCCUUAAGGGGUUAAUGUAGUUGUUCUGGUAUGUAUAAUAGCUCCCUUCAGGCAUUUUCAUGUAAACACUGCCUUUUCAGAGAAAAGGCAGUGUUUACAUUGAUCCUAUGGACACUUCCAAGUGGCCACUCCUAGAUGGCCACUGGAGGGGCUUCCUGACUCAAGACUGCACAGUAAUCAGCCCUGCCGUUCAGCAUCCCCACGCUCUGCAUGGAAACGCUGAAUUUUCCUCAUAGAGAUGCAUUGAUUCAAUGCAUCUCUAUGAGGAGGUGCGGAUUGGCCAAAACUUGGUUGGCCCCGUCCCCUUGCCGGUUUUAGACAUUUCAAUGCUUUCCCCAUGGAAUUCAAGGGGGCGGGGCCAGUGCCGGUGGACCCAUGGAGAAAAAGAUAAGGUGAGUUUUAACCCAUUCUGAGGUGUCUAAGGGGGGGCAAGCCACCUAAAUGGUGGGUUUUCACUGUAGGGUCAGUAAUACAUGUUUGUGUUCCUGACCCUAUAGUGAUCCUUUAAUAUAUAUAUAUAUAUACAUAUAUGAUAUGUAAAUACAGAUUUUCUUACUGUUCCACUUUUUUCCCUCCAUUGGUCAAACCCCGUUUGAUCUGUGAAUAAAACAACAGUUAGUUGCUGUCCCGUAGCCAUCAAUCAUCUUUUUUCCGUCAAUCAUUAUUAUUAAUUAUUUUUCCGCCAUGGUUGGAAUUCAGAGUAACAACUCAAAUUUACAUCUCUGCCCAUCAUGCUAGUUGUUUGGUAAGUUAUAAGUCUGCAUGGUGUUUCAGAGAUACGGAAUUCAACUGCAUAGCAUAAGUCUAACAAUAAGUCAAAAGCAAAAAUAAAUGCAAUGUAUUCUUUCAAAUCCAAAUAUUUGUUGUACUUGGUAAUUGCUAUCUAUUGUAAGUUCUUUACUUCAUAUUUUGCAGGAACAAGUGGGAAUUUCGAGAACUGUUCUAGAUCCGUUAUGUACACUUGUAAGUUGUUAAUGUUUCCUUAAUGUUAGUGUUAAAGUUAAUGUUAAUAUUCCCAUCCUACUUUUAAAGACAGAUAACUUACUCUUUUAUGAUAGUGUAUGCUAAGUGUUGACUUUUGUGAGUUUUAAAACCACAGAAAAUAUGUGUUUUUUUUUGCUACUUUGCUUUUUUUGUCAUAAUUUUCAAGAUACAUUGCAACUCACAAGUUUAAAACGUUUAUUGGGGAAAAAAAAAAACAUAGUAUGAGAAAUACCCCUGUUUAGAGAUGUAAAAUUUCUUUACAUUUAGAAAGCCAUUAGAAAAAACACUUCUAUAAAUUGAAAGUAAUUUUGUUAGAUAGGGAACAUAAUCUGCAGUGUGUAUAAAAGUAUUAUGUCUGAAAUAAAAAGUACAGCUUAUUCAGUAAACAAUAAAUUAAAUUUGCAUUAUAAAACUAUUUUUGAUUUUCUUGAUUAGACAGGGCUCUAUUCACAUGCAGAAUUAAUUGUCUUGAUUUACCUAUUAUACAAUGCAGCAGAAUAUGUUAUUGUUAUAUACAUAAUUGUAACUGUUACAAAUAAAAUUACAGUGUCUGGCUGUGUUAAAAUCACAUGAAUCAUAAGGUCCCUCUGAUGCCAGUACACAAGUACAUGCCCUUCCCCCUCCAUAAAAAACCAGGAAAAAACUAUGAACAUAAUACAAAAACUAAGAACAUUUUGUCUCCUCUAACCCUCCUUCUAAUUUAUAGUAUCAAACAAAGAGAGCACUCUUUAAUUAAAGAGACCAUACAGACACCUAGUGCACAUAAGCUUGCUGAUUUGCUUUAGGAUUGUGCCCUGUUUUAUUAAAGUGCCUGUUUCAUCAAAAGGCACGUUAAUAAAACAGGAUGAGAAUGACCCACUGACGCCCCACUGACUAUAAAACUGACACCCAUGAGGGCUUUCUCUGGGUAUGAAACAACUGUAGUUCAAGCAGCCAUCACGUCUUUGUCUAUAGCUAAUAACUCCAUAGCUCCUAUUCAGAUACAUGCACAAAUACAGCCCCAUCCUAUCAUACCCAAACUACUCCUUUCCUUCCAUCCAACCACAUACCCUAAACUAGUGGCAUUCACCCAUACAGUCACAAAACACCAAACUGCUUGAAUAUAAGUAUAUAUGAAGUGAAGGGGGUGUAUUUUGGAAGCUGGCCUUAGGCGAAACUCAAACAUGAGGCCCCCACUAACAACCAAAGUGAAAAUAAAUAGGGGUUGCAUUGUGUGUAUAAGUCAAACAUACUUUUUAUCCCGGAUUUAUUCCUAGGUGGUCCUGUGGAUUCCUAUCUGGUCUGCAGCUCCGUUGGGCUCAGAGCUGCAGACCAGGUGGUGCGGAUCUCCAGAAAUAUAAGAGCGUUCUGUGGUAACCUGUAGCAAUGCUCUGAUUUGCUGGAGAUGGCGAGACACCUCAGUCUGCAGCUCUGCACCAGGAGGAGCUGCAGACCGGAGGUUGUACAGGGUGCUUUCCACCCAGGGCAGACUGAAUGGAGGGGCCGUCCACCUGUGGCAUAAUGGGCAAGCCGCCGGGCCCCCUCUUGUGUCGGGUCCUCGGUCACAGACUGAAGACGCAACAUGUCAGUUUGCCCUAAGGUGAUUUAUGCGGCCGUGAGGCCCCAGUUUGCACGGGGCCUUAGGCGGCCGCCUCAAUCGCCUAAUUAGAGAGCCGCCUCUGAAGGUGAUUACUACUUGGCCAUAGAUCUGCACAUUGUUUUAAUGUGCCCAUAGGAUCCUUGUCUGUAUCUGCUGCAUAUUCCAUCACAGUCAUGUGAUUAUCACCUCAUCAGCACUACAUAUUGCAAAAGACAUAGCAAUAAUAGAAAUUAACAAAUAGCUAAUCAACUGUGGGUGAUGUGCACAGGACCCUGUCAGUACCCAGCAUCAUACGUGAAACCUGCAACUAGCAAUUUCCUAGAGCCCUGGAAGAUUUUAAUCUAAAUACUUUUCUAAUAUACCUGAUUUCUUUAAAAAAAAACUGUGUAUGUAUGCAUUAUGCCUACAUAAAGACAUCAUUGUUGAUAAUCUGGUGGGAUUUUAAAAAAGGUGUAUUUCCACAGGGCUAUUUACUAAAAUGAGAAUUCAAAAUGUUAUCAAAUUCACUGCAAAAUUGGCUGUACAGAGGACCUAGGUCAGAUAUGGCAAACCCAUGUCACGCAUGCACAGCUGGCAUGCCGAGCUCUCUCUGUGGGCACGCAGCCAUAAGUCGCUGGGGGAGAGGAGAGACCACUAAGGGGGAGUGGGGAGAGGAGUGACCACUUAUGGAGGGUGGAGGAGAGACCACUAAGAGAAGAGGGGAGGGGAGAGACCACAAUGGAGGGGGCAGCUUUAAGGAGGGAGGGGACAGCUCUAAUGGAGGGGAGGAGAGAGCACUAAGGGACAGAGGGGUAGGGAAGAACAUUAAGGGACAGUGGGGCAGGGGAGAGAACUAAGGGACAGGAGGGGAUGGGAGAGCACUAAGGACAGGAGGGGAAUGGAGAGCACUAAGUCAGUUUGUGUAUCUCUGUGUGUCUGUGUAUCUCUGUGAGUAUGUGUAUCUGUGAGUGUGUGUGUAUCUGUGUGUGUGUGUGUGUAUCUGUGAGUGUGUGUGUGUGUGUGUGUGUGUGUGUGUGUCUGUGUAACUGUGAGUGUCAGUGUGUAUAAUUGCCACGUUGGCACUUUGAGGGAAAAGAAGUUGGCUUGUAGUGUGGUUUGGGCACUCGGGCUCCAGAAUGUUUCCCAUAACUGCCCUAGGUUAUCUAGCAACCAGUGAGGAAUGUAUAUUGGCACCAGCAGCAUAAAUAUAUAUAUAUAUUAUGAGGGAAAUUACCAAUACACUCAGUCACAUUUACAAACACACAUUCAUACAGACACUUGCUCACAUUUGUAUACUGACACAUACACACUCACAUUCAUAUGCACAUACUCAAAUUAAUAAAUAAACACAUGCAUAUUCACACACACUCACAUUCAUAUGCAUAUACACACACAUAAUAAUUUCAAUACACAUAUUCAUACACACAUACUCAUAUUCAAACACACACAUUUGAUUUUUAUGGAAAUCUGUAUAUCUACUGUUUGGUGAUUUGCAGUUGGGAUCAAUAUUUGCACUGAUUCUACAGCUCCAUGCGACUGUAUACUAAUGCUAGGGCUGGGGUGUUAGAUCCCAGCUCACCGCAUUGGCACAGGGUGGUUAGGGAGCUAUGCAGGCAGAGUACAGAUUGAUUGCAGCAACUCCCCUACCUCCCACAAGGUCUGCCUGCAAUAUCUUAUUUUGCACAGCAGAAAUUUUCCAUUCUGCAACCACCACUGGUAGGUACCAGCCUACUCUGGCAUGAGGGGGAUACUCCAUGAACCACCUUAACAUCUGUCAACUGGAGGUGGACUGCCCCACGAUUAAUACACUCAAAGAAACAUCACAGCCAUAUCAUAUUUCCAGUUUAACUAGUAGAUAUUACUGGGUACAAAGUACUGUCUUGCUUCCAAAUUUAAAUCCUGCAUUUAGCAUUUUCAUGCUAGUAACGUGAUCACCAUAAAGCAUUUUAAAAAAAAAGCAUGUUACAAUAAAUUACUGUAGAAAAUACAGAGGGACAAACUAAUAAUUAGAUCUAUCAGUUAUUCAGUGGAAAGUGCAGCUGUAGUACUGGUAAUCACAUUAAAAAAAAAGUUAUAAAAUACAACUUAAAAAAAUGUCACCAAGUAUUACCAGGUAAGGACCAAAUGAAUGGGCAGCAGGGUGAAAAUUAAUUAUAAUUUAUCUCACUUACAGUUUAUAGAGAGUACAUUAAUUGUAUAACCUCUAUGAAGAUUUAGAUUCAUAUUGACAUGAAUUUGUACACCAUGUUUAGAAAAUAAUGCAUAUUUACUACUAUUUUUUGAAGUGAUUGACACUGCAUAUAAACACGAGUCUUGUUUUGAGAUGUUCAUUCAUUAAUACAAUUUAUUUCUCCACAAUUCUGUUUGUCUAUUUUUUAUUUACUUAGAACAUCAAUAUACAACUUGCCAAAAAAAAAAAAAAAAAUACUAGUGAGACUUCAAAUGAUUAAAAAAUAAAUAUUAACAGCAUUUAUUUAAUUGCUUAACUUUUAUUGAGAAAAGAUUAUUAAUUUACUUUUACUUAUUUCAAUUACAGCUCAAAGGUUUAUUAACUUCCGACUGUCUCAAGACACUUUUGGGUGUAUGUAUAACAUUUUUCAAUAUAAAAUGUCUUCUUUUAAUAUGUUUGGAUCUCUGUAUCGUGGCCAUAAUUUUUAGGGUCCAGGUGGUUUCAUUAAAUGCAGAGAGUGCUUUAUUGUGGGACACCUUUUAUCACACUAUUUGGGGCUUAUUUCCUUACAAUAAUAGUCUUUUGGAAAAUGUGCUAAUUAUAAUAACAAUCUUGUUUUCAAGCCCUGUUAAUAUGCCUGUGCUUCUAAACGAGCCUCCAAGUGCAAUGUGAAUUUCCUGACAGUUGUGUUUUUCAUAACAACAGCUUUUUGCCUUUAUAGAAUAUGAAUGUGUUUGACAUACCAUUCCAUCAUAAUGCAUGCUAUGGGUUUGAGUAAGGCAGUUGCUGCAAGUAAUGAAAUGUGCAGUAUCAACAUGCAUUGUAUUGCAUUUUUGUACACUGAUACUAAACUCUUGUAAAAUAAUUUGAAAGGGCAAAUCAUUUCAGAUUUUUUUCCCCCCAGUGUAUGAAUAUCAGAACUAUGCACAGAUACAACAUUUGAUUCAUAUGAUUCAAUUUGUUGGUGAAAAAAUAUGAAUCUCAGCCGAAUUUAACCUAUGAACUUUUUUAAGAUAACUUCAUUAUUCCUACCCUUCCCAUUCUUCUUUUUUUUUUGCCCCUAGUGCUGCUGUCAGGCAAGUAGUACAAGUCACAAAACUAACAAAUUGUUCAUCAAGUUUUAUUUGUUUCGUGAUAUGUUGAUUGGCCGUUUCAGAUUUUGAAAUUUCAUACAAAUUGAUGAUCUCCUAAAAUUUUAAUGAGUGCACGUUUAAGAAACAUACAUGCAUUACAUGUAUAAAUAAAUUAAAACUGGUGUAUGUGCUAUUAUAAAUGCAAAUCAAAGCCUUUGCCAAUAUUUAUUGACAUGUUGAUGGGUGAACAUGACCUGUUACUGAUAUUAAAGCAAUCACAAUCUCAGAAUUCUAAAACUUUUUGACACAAUUUACCAUUAUUUUAUCAGUUAAUAUGCCAUAUAAAUUAUGUUCAAUACCUAAGUCUCAGCAAUCGUAACUCCUGGAGAAGAGUUAUCAAAUUGUUAAUGGGUACUAUAACACCGAUGACCACUUCUGCUUUUAGUAAUGGCCAUGGUGCUAGGAGUCUGCAUGUGCAGCAUUUUUGAAAUACUGCACACCAUACAGAGAUAUUUGCACUUUGUGCUGGGACUAGUUAAACCCUUUAUGCACGUGACUGCUCAAUAUCAAUUAUGUGCAAAAAAUAUGUCUGUCGUCACACUGUAAUGAACAUAUCAUUAGAUGAGAUUGCAGUACUAGGAUCAUGUAGGGAGCACUUCAACAAUGCUCCCUGCAUGGUCCUAAAGUCUGGGAGCUGUCAAAAAAGCCUGCCAAUUUAUGAGCCCUCCCUUUUUCUAUCUACACCCAGCCAGUGGCGUACACAUGACCCAUGGGGCCCCGGUGCGAAAAUUGAUCCGUGGGCCCCCCCGUGCGCGCGGGCUGGGCCGCAACACAUGGCGGUGUGCACCUGGUCGCAGGGGUUACAGGGCUGUGACCCCUGCGACCGCGGUAUGUACGCCAGUGCAUGCAGAUGCACACACACUUAAAGGACCACUACAGACACCCAGAUCACAUCAGCUCAAUGAAGUUGUCUGGGUGUCAGGUCCCUCUAGUUUUAACCCUGCAGCUGAAAUGUUUCACUGAGGGUUAAUCCAGCCUCUAGUCUCACUGACAGCCGCUAGAGGAGCACACUGAACGUCCAUAGGAAAGCAUUGAGUAAUGCUUUCCUAUGGGCGGUUUGAAUGCAUGCGCAGUCGCAUUCGGAGCUGAGAGGCUAAGGGAUCCCCAGCGCCAAGGGAGUCCGGCGCUGGAGAAAGGUAAGUGCUGAAGACACACACACACUCUCACUUACAGACACCUACACACUAGCUAACAGACACACACAUUUACUGACAGACACACUCAGCGACAGACAUACACACACACUCACUUACAAAACAUACACUCUCAUUGACAAACACACACUCACUAACAGACAUCAAACAGACUCACUAACACACACACACACUCAGUAAAACACACACAGUAACACUCACUGACACUCACUAGCAGACACACACACUAACACUCACACUCACUCUAACACUCACACACACUAACACUAGCAGACACACACACACUAACACUCACUAGCAGACACACACACACUAACACUCACUCUAACACUAACACUAACACUAACAGUCACUCUAACACACACUCUAACACUCACACACUCUCAAACACUAACACUAGUUUUUUGUUUUUGUUUUUUUAAAUGUAAUCCCCCCAGCCUCCUUACCUUUUGGAGUGCUGGGGGGAUUCCCUGGGGUCCAGUGGUGCUGCUGGGCUCCUGGGCGGGUGGCCGGUCGGGCAGGCGGGCGCGCGAGGGAGCACUCAGUGCUUCCUCUUCAGCUCCCUCGCGCGCCGCAUAGGGAUGCCGGAACCGGAAGAUGACGUUAUCUUCCGGCUCCGGUAUCAGUGCGGUGUGCGAGGGAGCUGAAGAGGAAGCACUGAGUGCUUCCUCGCGCGCCCGCCUGCCCGACCGGCCACCCGCCCGCCGGGGUCAGCAGGGCCAGCCUCGGGGGGCCCUGGGGUGGUCGGCUCCUGGGUCCCCCAGGGGAAGAGGCUGGCCCAGUGGCACACACCGGGUCGCAACCGCGACCCCUGCGACCCUGGUAAAUACGCCACUGCAUCCACCCCAUAUGGGCAUCACUAAUGAUGAAGUUGCAUCAGUGGAAACAUUUCUUUUCCUUUACUUUGAUACUGCCAGUUACUAGGGGUGGAGGGGCUUGGAUGCAUUAAUGUGGAGGCUGCUCUGCAUACAGAACAAACAGAGCAGAAAGAGUUAACUUGUGCAGAAGUGUGAGGGGCCAGAUUGGAGUCACAGUCCCAGUGUAACCUGAUUUAGGCUUUUCACAGCAGAAGCUCUCUAUGCUAGCAGCUCUGUGCAGAGACGCUGGUGUCUUAAAGACUCAUACAAUCUCAAUUUCCACUACUAAAUCACAAGAGGAUGACUGGAAUUGUUUAGCCCUGAGAUAGAUAGAUAGAUAGAUAGAAUACUUUUUUUUCCUGUAGCAUUUACGAGGAGUUUGCGGUUGUAAAAAUUAAUUUUGUUUGUUUCUACAAAGCAGACUAAGAUUGUUUUUUUAAAUGUAAUCCCCCCAGCCUCCUUACCUUUUGGAGUGCUGGGGGGAUUCCCUGGGGUCCAGUGGUGCUGCUGGGCUCCUGGGCGGGUGGCCGGUCGGGCAGGCGGGCGCGCGAGGGAGCACUCAGUGCUUCCUCUUCAGCUCCCUCACGCGCCGCGUAGGGAUGCCGGAGCCGGAAGAUGACGUCAUCUUCCGGCUCCGGAAUCAGUGCGGUGCGCGAGGGAGCUGAAGAGGAAGCACUGAGUGCUCCCUCGCGCGCCCGCCUGCCCGACCGGCCACCCGCCCGCCGGGGUCAGCAGGGCCAGCCUCGGGGGGCCCUGGGGUGGUCGGCUCCUGGGUCCCCCAGGGGAAGAGGCUGGCCCAGUGGCACACACCGGGUCGCAACCGCGACCCCUGCGACCCUGGUAUGUACGCCACUGCAUCCACCCCAUAUGGGCAUCACUAAUGAUGAAGUUGCAUCAGUGGAAACAUUUCUUUUCCUUUACUUUGAUACUGCCAGUUACUAGGGGUGGAGGGGCUUGGAUGCAUUAAUGUGGAGGCUGCUCUGCAUACAGAACAAACAGAGCAGAAAGAGUUAACUUGUGCAGAAGUGUGAGGGGCCAGAUUGGAGUCACAGUCCCAGUGUAACCUGAUUUAGGCUUUUCACAGCAGAAGCUCUCUAUGCUAGCAGCUCUGUGCAGAGACGCUGGUGUCUUAAAGACUCAUACAAUCUCAAUUUCCACUACUAAAUCACAAGAGGAUGACUGGAAUUGUUUAGCCCUGAGAUAGAUAGAUAGAUAGAUAGAUAGAUAGAUAGAAUACUUUUUUUUCCUGUAGCAUUUACGAGGAGUUUGCGGUUGUAAAAAUUAAUUUUGUUUGUUUCUACAAAGCAGACUAAGAUUUUAAAUUUAGGGAGACAGCAUCAGCUGGUAACAUUUAGCAAAAGCUUUGAAAACAGUAAAUAACAGUUGACUCCAAAUAUAUUCUAUGUAAGUUUGUUUGAGCAGGGUCCUCUUCAACCUAUUGUUCCUGUAAGUUAUUGCAAUUGUCUAAUUUAUUGUUAAAUCUCCCCCCUCUGAUAAUAUUGUAAAGUGCUACGGAAUAUGCUGGCGCUAUAUAAAUACUACUACUACUACUACUACUACUACUACUACUACUAAUAAUAAUAAUAAUAAUAAAUAGCCAUUAAAAGUAACAUCAGUCUGUAAUUCAGUCAUUGAUGCAUGAAAUUCUGUGGUUUAGAAACAGUCGCUACUCACAAAGGUUAACAACAGACACUUUAGUGAUAAAUGAGAAUGUUUGUAAUGAGUCCAUAGUGGAAGCAAGAAACAGUCAGUAGUAAAUGUUUUUUUAAAAAACAUUUACCAUUUCAGGAAUGAUAGUUAUGCUCCAGGAAAUGGGCUGAUCUUGAAAAGUUCCCACAUUUUUUUAUCCCGUACUUGAUUAAUGCCUCAUGAUAUGAGCAUCAAAAUGUAUAAAUUAAUCUUUCUUUCUUUUAACUUAAAGUAUAUAUGAAGUUUUAAAAAAUAAAAACAAAAUUUUCUUUUGUUUGUUUAGGAAAAUAUUCCAGAUAUUAUUAAGAUACUGCUUUGCGUGGUAAGCUUGAAACUGUUAAUGUAUAUGCACAAUUAUAUUUUUACUGUCAUUAAUUAUUAGAUUCUAAAAGGAAAAAUUAUUUAAAAAAUGUAUGAUACGUUGAAAUAUUGAUAAACAGGUGCCUUAUAUACAUAUAAAAAAAAAGAGUAUACAAAGAAAAAAAGAUUAAGCCACUAGUUUGCAAAGAUAGAGAUUAGCUAUGGAAAUUAAUAUUUAUUCACUAUCAGGGCCGCCAUCAGGGGGUGACAGCCAUGACGGUUGUCCUGGCCCGCCGGUCCUGGGGGCCCUGGGCCACACAUUCCUUCUCUGCACAUAUAUAUAUAGCGAUGAUCACUGUGAAGAAAACAGACUUAUUUUCUGCAUUUUCUUAUUCGUUACUUUCAGCUGUAUUCAUUUAUUUGGGCAUAAUGGAUUUUUAUUGUGCUGCUGCUGGCCCUUUAACUCCCAGAGAAAUGAUUUGUACUUUUAAACUGGCACUUCGGAUGCAGUCGAAGUGCCGCAGUAGUCGAAUUGGCCGCCAUUCCAAAAUCAAACUCAUUCAAACGCAGUCAACGGUGUGUGCAACCAAAUCUAUGGAACUGUUUUUGGCUACCCAAUUGCACGAACACCGCUGACCCGUACCUUCUCCUUCGCUUCAACACUACGGCUGGAGACUAAGUCCCGAACGAAGAUUCGAACGCUUGUUCGAAUGGAACUUAGUAAUUUUCUCAGUGUAAAAUAGACCGACCGCACAGCUCAAAUCCAUGUCAAAUAGGACUUUCCCUUAACUUUUUAACCCCUGAACCGAUUGCCCUGAUUUUUGAGUAUGUGUAUAUUCCAAGUAUUCUGAUUCUGAAAAUGUAUGUUUUAUAUGAAUGGCAUUUAUAUUUUGGAAGUUAUUAAUAUUUUGUUAAAACUGUAUAUUUUCUGCCUGUGAUAAGUAAGUUAGUCUCAUGUGUUGAGAUAAUUGUAUCACAAGCAGAGGGGAGGGUUUGUGUGUAAUUGCUGGGAGUGUCUGAAUGUAUUGUACGUAUUGAUUGGUUGUUCCUUUUGUCUGUUGUGGGAGGCUCACUGGCAGGAGGAAUUCCAUAAAAGCCAGUGUGUCGUCAAUAAAGCUCAUUCCUGUUAUACCCUUCAUGAAGUCUAGGCUCAUGCUUAGGGGAUAUUUUACUUGCUGGGGAGAAUUGUCUUGGAAGCUGAAUUCAUCUACACUAUUCCUCUACACCCUAUCUGCAGUUAUUAUCACUUAUGCUCAGCUAUUGGGAACGGAAUAGAAGAUUGCAGCAUCAUAACAACUGCAGGUCUUAACAAUCGAUAUAUAUAUAUAUAUAUGUGCAACCACGGGCCCCCUGGCUUCCUAUACUUGCAGAGGGAGGCCAGCAGACUGCAGGAGCACAUUACAGCUCUUCCCUCUCUCUAACUCCCGCGAGACGUGUGGCCGUCAGAGAGUUGCCACGGGUUACCAUGGCAACGCUCCUGCCUUCAGCACGCACACCACGCUCGCGAGAGUUAUAGAGAGGGAAGAGCUGUAAUGUGCUCCUGCAGUCUGCUGGGCUCCCUCUGCAAGUACAGGGAGCCAGGGGGCCCCACCAUGCCAUUGGACCACCCUCUCUGGACCAGGUAAAAGACAGGGAGGGGGGAAAAACAGUUAUUAGAUUUAAUGUUGGGGAUUUAAUGUGGGGGGAGGGGAAAAAGCAUACAAUAGUAAACACACACACACACACACUGCAUUCACUGCACUAACACACACUCUGCAUUCACUGCACUAACACACACUCUGCAUUCACUACACUAACACACACUCGGCAUUCACUACACUAACACACACUCUGUAUUCAUUACACUGGUACACAUAGUGCAUUUACUACACUAACACACACUCUGCAUUCACUACACUGACACACACUCUGCAUUCACUAUACACACAGCAUCCACUACACAUACAUACUUUAUUUACAGUACACACACUACAUCCACCACACAUUUAAACACUCUGCAUUCACUAUACAGAGACACUGUCUAAUACACACACUACAUCCACUACAGACACUGCAUCCACUAAACACAUUGCAUCUAGUACACACAAACACUACAUCCACUGGACAAACACACAUUACAUCACUGUACACACACUACAUCCACUACUCAAACACACUCUGCGUUCACUAUACACACUGCAUCCGCUACACAAACACACACUCUGCAUUCACUGCACAAACAGUAUCUAAUACACACAAACACUACAUCCAUUACACACAUUCUAAUUCAUUUCCACUAUACACACCACUCAUGGGCGGGCCAGGGUGGGUGUCCCAGACCUUGUGCUUUGUCAGGGGCUCCAACAUUUCUGGUGGCAGCCCUGUUCACUUGCAGUGACUUAUGGUGAGCUGACAAUCAAGAGAAUAAAUAUAUGUUGAGAACUUAGUCCUUUAUUUUGCCACUUGGUUUUCAAAUAAUCAACAUGUUCUUAUUAAUAAAUAAUAAAUACUGUCAUCAUUAACAAGGCCGUGGUUGAGAAGGAGAUUUGUAAUUUUGGCUGUAAACACAAUACACAAAAAUACAUCACUUUAUAAAUAGUCUGUCGGCUUGGGGUGUAUUUUGUAAUUGUUGGGUACAAUAUCAUACAUAAUAUAAGGAAGGACUAGUUUUUAAAAAGAUUAUGAAACACUUGUAGGAAGCAGAGCUUGUGUAAAGAGAGGCUGAAGACAUGGAAUAAAGUUGGGAAUCAAGAUCGCAGUCAGAAAAUGGGAAAAGGUGCUAAGAAUGAAUAGAGGCGUGUUUUAUGAGACUAGAAAUUGAGAAAAUAGACUAUAUUCAUUGUGACUGGGUAAAGGUAACGGCAGUAGAGAUAACACUUAGCUUAAGGUUAGGUUUAGAGUUAGAGGCUUACAGUGCCUUGCAAAAGUAUUCACCGCCCUUUUUUCGUGUUUUGUUGCCUCACAACCUGGAAUUAAUAUGGAUUGUUUGAUUAUUUGCAUCAUUUAAUUUACAGAACAUGCCCACAACUUGAAGCAAACAACAAAUGGGACAAAAUAACAGAAAAAGUCAAUGUGCAUAACUAUUCACCCCCCUAAAGUCAAUACUUUGUAGAGCCACCUUUUGCGGCAAUCACAGCUCCAAAUCGCUUUGGAUAAGUCUCUAUGAGCUUGCCACAUCUUACCACUUGGAUUUUUGCCCAUUCCUCUUUGCAAAACUGCUCCAGCUCCUGCAAGUUGGAUGGUUUGCACUUGUGAACAGCAAUCUUUAAGUCUGACCACAGAUUUUCUAUUGGAUUGAGGUCUGGGCUUUGACUAGGCCAUUCCAACACAUUUACAUGUUUCCCCUUAAACCACUCAAGUGUUGCUUUAGCAUUGUGUUUGGGGUCAUUGUCGUGCUGGAAGGUGAACCUCCAUCCUAGCCUCAAAUCACGCACAGAGUGGUACAGGUUUUGCUCAAGAAUAUCCCUGUAUUUUGCACCAUCUAUAUUUUUCCCUCAACUCUGACCAGUUUGCUAGUCCCGACUGCUGAAAACAUCCCCACAGCAUGAUGCUGCCACCACCAUGUUUCACUGUGGGGCUGGUGUUCUUUGGGUGAUGUGAUGUGUUGAGUUUGCGCCAGACAUAGCAUUUUCUUUGAUGGCCAAAAAGCUCCAUUUUAGUCUCAUCAGACCAGAGAACCUUUCUCCAUACAUUUUGGGAAUCUCCUACAUGCCUUUUCACAAACUCAAAACAUGCCAUUUUGUUUUUUACUGAAAGUAAUGGCUUUCUUCUUGUCACUCUGCCGUAAAGCCCAACUCUAUGGAGCAUACGGCUUAUUGUCAUCCUAUGUACAGAUACUCCAGUCUUACCUUAGGUCUCUGUGCUGCUUCUCUGAUUAGUACCCUCCUUGACUGGUCAGUGAGUUUUGGUGGGCGGCCGUCUCUUGGCAGGUUUGCUGUUGUGCCAUGUUCUUUCCAUUUGGUUAUGAUAGAUUUGAUGGUGCUCCUGGGGAUCAUCAAUGACUUGGAUAUUUUUUUAUACCCUAACCCCGACUUGUACUUCUCAACAACAUUGUCCCUUACUUGUUUGGCGAGUUCCUUGGUCUUCAUGGCGGUGUUUGGUUAGUGGUGCCUCUUGCUUAUGUGUUGCAGCCUCUGGAGUGUGUAUAUGUAAUGACAGAUCAUGUGACACUUAGAUUGCACACAGGUGGACAUCAUUUCACUAAUUAUGUGACUUCUGAAGGUAAUUGGAUGCACCAGAGCUUUUUAUGGGCUUUAUAACAAAGGGGGUGAAUACAUAUGCACAUGCCAAUUUUCUGUUUUCUAUUUCUAAAAAAAUGUUUUAUGUAUAUAUUUUUCUCAUUUCACUAUUGUUUUCUGAUUCAUCACAUAAAAUUCAGAUUAAUAAAACAUUAAAUCGGUAAAAAGCCAAGGAGCAAGGGGGUGGGGGAGGGUGGAUACUUUUAUAAGGCACUGUAGGUUUAUAGUUAGUAUAGAUUACAUUUAGGAAGGUUUUAGGAUUUGUAAAUUCAAAUUUUAGGUCUAGAUUUUUAAGGUUCUGAUUAGAAUUUCUGUACACUAUCAUUUUAUCAUUUCACUGUGAACACAUAUUACAACUAUAUACAUUUAAAGGCAUCAUGCAGUUAGGCGUGUUACACAGAGAAUUGUAGUCUGUGUUAAAAUCCACUAUAAGUCCCCUUUUGUAGAAAAUAAUUGAAAAAAAUAACAGGAAACAUUAAUCAAUACAAGCAGACACCAUUAAUGUGCUUCAUACAUAACUUUUUACAUGUUUAUUAGGUAUACGUUUUGAUAAAAAUAGAAAACAAUAAUAUUUCAUUUAACAUAUUCAUUUUAAUGAUAUAAACAAAUUAUGGUUUUCAGGUCAAAAACAAGACUUCCACCUUGGAAAAUGUCACUGGAGUUAUGGUAAAUGAAAAGAAUCUGCAAUAAAUAUUAAAAUGGAAAAUAUGUAAAAAUGUCCCAAUUUAUGUGAACGUUUAUUAAAUCUUAAAAUCAUAUUUACUCUUAAAGAGGCUCUAUCACAUUCUGGGGUAUUUAGAUAUUUUACAAAGACCUCAGUGUUACUUACCUCUUUAUUUACACUUUCAGUGCCACAAGGAACAAGGAUAAGCACAACUGGUGGCGCUCACCUAGGGCCUGGUCUCACUAAGCACAGUUUCACCAGAAAAAGAGCUUUCCUUAAAGUCCUUACAACAGAGACACAGGUUCAUGUAAUAUAAAAUGGUAUUGCGGUUUCUGUAGUUCCUUAUGAAAUGUUAAUGCAUAAUUGCAAACGUGCUACAAAGAAUAAAUUUUAAUUUUGAAAUGACAUUUCAACAACCCCCAAAUAAAGCUAGUUUGGCUCUAAUCAAUCAAACCAGAGUUUUUAUUCUUUUGCCUUAAAACAUAUGUAUUCCAUUUCAUGUUUGUACAUGUUUUAAAACGUGCUUUUUUUUAAUUUUGAUAUAGAAAAAAAUUGUAUGCGCAGCAGAGGAUGCUUUGUCGUUGGAGAACGCUGCGGUAAGAACCUAUUUUGAAAAGCCAUUUCAUGUAUGUUUUUCAUAUUAUCUUUCUUUACAGUACUUUACAUAUAUGUAAUUGUGCUUAGGGAGCAAGGCCAAGUAUGAUCAUUUGUAUAUUCUCAAUAUAACAACUGAUAUGCAAGUAAGCUUGAAAGAAAACAUGGUUAAUCUAAAGAAGUAGGUAGAUUGAUUACUUAGAAAUUAUGCUAAUCUAUCACUUAGCCUAAUGUUCUAAUAAAGGAUAACCAAUGAACAGGAGAGGGAAAAAUUCACUGCACUUUUGAAGACCUCCAGUGAAAUAAUUGACAUUUAUCAUAAAAUUGCUUAUUUAUUAUAUGAAAAAAUAGGACACUAGGCAGAACAUACAAAAUUGAAUAUGAUGUAAAAGAAAAAUAAAUUCUGAAAUAUAUGCAUUAUGGAAAAAAAGGAAAGGGACACAAAAACAAAACUAUCAGUAAUUAGAAUAGGCUUUGUGUCUGAUGAAAGACUCUUCCUCAGUGCAAAAUGUACUCUAUUUACUUAUAUUACCUCUACCCCGUAUGGUAAUAUAAUUCAUACAUGGUACGUGCAUUCUGAUUAGUCUUAAUGCAUUGCAAAGUGAGUGUUUUAAAGUUGUCCAUCUUCACCAAUUACUGGACCAUCAGAUCUUGACUGGAGCGGUUUUCAGUCAUAAACUCAAAGGGACUAAGGAAACUGUGGGAAGCCAGACCAAUUAAGGUUAGUCUAGUACUAAUUCAAAAGUUGAUUUAUUCAGCAUACCCGUCAAAGACCUAAAGAGGGGCCCAUCAAUAGGUGAUUUUUUCCUGUGAAACCUAACCCACAAUGUCUGACUUAGUUCUUGCAUACAUGGAAUUGAAUACUGGCAGUAAUGUAAUGGGAGUGAUUCUGAUACAGAGUUGCUAACAAUGCAGAUUUACUAUUGUAGAUCUAAGAUGCAGCACUUUCAGUAAACUAACGGAGGGCUUCUCACUAAGAGUGCACUAAGCCACUUUUGCUAAGUAAAGCAGCAGGCAGAGUCCUGGUCAGUGAACAAUCCAAGAUCCUGAUUGCAGAGAUCAAUGCAGGUGGUAGACAAACAGAGGAUCACGCUGGAGUUUAGGUAGAAACAUUGUAAUGCAACAAAAUAACUAAGCAAUGUAAAGUAUGAGACAUCUCCUAAAGAAGAUGACUGGAGAGAAUGAGGGGAUGGGGUAGAAGUAAAGCAUGACAAUUAGCAUCUAUUCUCCACCAGAUGUAGUUGAGAAAAAGCAUGACACCAAUACUAAAAAAAGACCAAAGGCAGUGGUAGGUGUUCAGUCAGUUGUCAUUCUAGAGAAGGCAAUGGUCAUGCCCAGGUGAAGAAUGAAAAAUAAAGUAGACUGCAAUAUCAGUGAGAAGAUUAAAGCAUCAAAAUCUGUAGAACAGUGUGCCCCCAUUCUGUAAAAAGGAUUAGUAACAUUUGCUAUCUCAGAUGGCAGACAUAACACAGCAAAUUUACCCAGUAAUAUCAUAAGUUCUUGGUGUGUGCAUCCUGUCACCAGCUUUUUCAUUCAUUGCCCCCCUACUUAUUUUUUUGCCUUAGAAACUCUUUAUUUUGAAUCUAUUUUUUGUUUGUUUGUUUGGUUUUUUGUUUUUGCAAAUAUAAUCUUUGGACUAUUGCUCAUAGAAAUCAAUAGACCUCAAUUAUAUAUUACUCUUCACCUCUAAGGCGUGGGGGUUGAUGAAGGUUUAAGGCAAUUUGUGAGCCCCUGCCAAAUAAUGGUUUACUUCUACCACCUACCCCAAUGUACAGGCUAGAUGAAAAAUCAGGCUAAUCCCUGUGCCUUCUCUUGUCAUUCUUGAGAUCCAUUGGGAAAGACAUUGUUAUUUAUUUAAUACUGUACCCACCAUACAUCAAGCAAGGCUGAGAGAGUCAUUUGAUUCUAUAGCGGUUGAUUUGGGCAUUUGUGUACCACAUUUCUGUUUUACUUUAAAUUUGUUUUUACUAGGAGAUGAGGUUCUGGCCACAUCAAUCACAAACAAUAUUUUGCUAAUUGUGAUUAUACUACAUUAAUUACACAAUUGUUCUGGUGCUCAACCCACUCAGCAAUUUAGUCAGGAAAAACAAAUACAGUAAAACUGUUUAUGAAUGUAUGUUGCCUUACAAGAUGUGCUAGUGAAUAGCAUGAGUCUCGACUUGGCGGACUUUCAAAAUUAAUUGACUCAAUGACUGAUUUAUGCAGAUACAUAGUACACCAAUAUGGAGAUCCAGCACUCUUGAUAUGCAGCAUUGGUGCAGGCCACCCUCCAAGACCUUCAAAGUAUGAAAAUAGAAAUAACAGAACCGCAACACCAAUUAAUAUGCACAUGGGGAUUUAUUCCAUAAUUGAAGUGUACUCAGCAAUUUUUCAACACAAACCUUAACAAAGACAUUGUAUGUGUCAAAUCAUUGCAGAGUCCAUUUUUAUGGUGGAAUAAAUCUCUAUUUGCAUAUUAGUUGGUGUUGCAAGUCUGUAAUUUCUAAUUUUUUGCUGAUAGACCAGGAAGUAAAUCUAUAUAUGUAUAGAUAACAUGAAGUUGGUGAGAUAAAUACUCUUCAUCAAAAUGCCUAUCAAAUGCAACAAUUUUCUUUUAAUUUUUUUUUUUUUUUUUAAAUAAAGAAGGCAUAAUGGCAAGUAGACAUAAGGUACCCUGGAAGUAUUUUAAACCUAACUUUUAAAAUAUAGUUUUGUUAUUGUAGAGACUUUCAUUACCUUUUUGCAUUUUUAAAUAUUAUUAUUAUCUAUACUUUGCAUUCUAUUUAACGUUUACGCUAUGCAUUACAAGUAUAUAGCUUUUUUCUUCAUACAUUUUAAACUUUUCCCGUGCAGACAACUGCACAAAAAGUGACAAAUCACAAAAAUACAAUUGUGCAUUUGCCAAAUGCAUAAAUUAAAUGUACCUAUUUGCCAGGAGCAUUGACAGGGCUAGGUUGCAUCAAGAUCAAGGGCGUGACACCAAGAGCAAAUAUUAUUUCACUUUCCACAUUGUAGCAGAGAGUAGUGGUAGCAGGGCUUCUUCUCCGCUGAUUACUCCAACAGCUACUCAGGAACAAACAGGAAACUUUAGAACAGUAGGCAUCAAUACAAGAUGAUACACGAAUAUCUCAUCACCCUUUCCAAUAAUUGGACGACACUCAGUAUUAGGAGCAGAACUCAUCCUUUAAUGGCCAGGCUGGCCUUUUAUGCAGGUUUUGCCCCAAAGGUUCCCAUCCAGGUGGACCUUGUGGGGCACCGAUAAAAAUAUACAGCAACCAAUAAACACAGAAUCAGGUCAUAAGACACUCCCAUACAUUACACACAAUCUCUCCCAUCUGCUCAGGGCAUAAUUGAGUUAAUUACUGUAUCAACUCAAUUAUCCCAAAACAGAAAAAUCUAAAUUUUCAUACUUUUUUGGAAACACCUCAAAAACAUAUCCUAUAUUCAUAAUUCCAACACCCCCUGAUAGCCACGAUCUGGGGGAGCAACAUACUGAAAAAUCACCCAGAUCGGUUAUGGGGUUCGAAAGUUUUAAGGAUGUCUUAGUUUUACCGACCGCACACAAGGUAUAAACAGAAUGGUUUGUGUCUUUGUUCAUUUAAUUCCUCUCUGCGGUGUUCGUGCCAUCGCGUGUCCGAUUUGGGUUCCAGACACUCAAUGACCAAACACUGCUGGGGGAAUUUGUAUGCUAAGAUGGCCGCCGCCACGUGUUCAUAUUGAAAAUGGCGGCCACCCAGGGAACACCCAGUUAGUUUGUGCGGUUGGCAAUUAGAAUAGUGUGAAACAAGUUAGGGAGGUCAAUUGAUGCCAAACUCUUCUCCUGGGUGGCCUGGUUUUUCGGUAGUUUGUUUGUCAAACAAUAUCGUAUAAAAUAGUUGAAACAGGAAUCUUACCGAGCAACCAGACGAAUGAGAGUCAAUAUUACAUUGUUACUUGUUUCCCCAAGUAACAAACAGAGAAGGUAACUUAAAUACAGUAACAAAAGGGUGGGUGGACAGCCCUUAGCAAAAGGAAGGUACUGGGGUGAAGUCCAUUCCGCUACACACAUAUAUUGACCAAAACCUCACUGAGUAACCUGCUCUAUGUCCAACCUUUACAUGUUCUGUGAAUAGCAUUAUGACACUAAACCUUUCCAGUGAAGUCACAUUAUAUAAAGCCACACCUUUCAUAUCAACCUCACACACCCCAACAUACUCCCAUUCCCCUAGCAAUUAACAUCUCACCGCCCAAUUUAUAUAUCCACAUUACCAUAUCAAUUAACUAUUUAUACAUUACCCCACCAGUUAACCCUCUCAUUCCCCAUUUAUAUAUCCACACUACCCAAUCAAUCAUAUAUUUCAUUCCCCAAUUUAAAUAUCCACCUUCCCUUACUAAUUAACCCUCAUACUCCUUAAUUUAAUAUCCACAUUCCCCAGUUAACUCUCCUUCUCUCUCAAAUCUAGAUACUCAUUUAUUUCUUCUCAAGCACACAACGUGCAGACAGAAACCUCAUGCACUUCACUGUUAAAUAACCUCAAAUGUAAACAUUUGCAGACAGCAAUAUUUUCUUAUCUCUGCUGAACUGGACGUAUGGAAGUAGAUAGCCUGGACAGGGAAGGAAACUUUUGAAUUAAUAUCCAUUAGCUCCCUCCUCUGUGCUAGUGCUAUUUCCUAUAGGUGGAGGCACACUAAGGAAAGCGCUUUUAAAAUUCUUAUUAAAGAUCUCCAAGUUAAAAUAAAAGCUUACUGAUUAUAAAAACACAAAUGGCAACUGACUCAAAAUACCAAGGUAAUGUGUGGUCAAAUGAGGCUCAUAAAACAGCCAACACAAAUAUGUACAUGUUUAACAAGUCAGUUUGUUUACUAAUUGCCAACUUCGGAAACUAAGUCAUGUCAUUUUAAGUUGGGGAUUUUAGGUUUUUUUUUGCUCCUGCUAGAACAAUAAAAAAGGACAAAAACCUACAUGUGAGUUUAAAUGUCUAUUUGGUCCUGGUCAAAAAACAGUUCAGACAAACUAAAAUUGAGUGAAAUUUGGCCAGUCAGUGUACAGCAAAAUAUAGAAUAUAAUUAUUAUGUAAAUAUUUAGCAGUACACUGAUAGGUGUAUUUUCCUGCCAUUUGGUUCACAGACCAAGUGAGAAGAAGAAACCAAAAGAGAUUUUCACGGCUUCCCUUUUUUACAUGUAUGCUUUUCACAUUCCAUAAUUUUUAUCUUUAAUUCCAAACCAACAUGAAACAUGAUACUUUUUUCAGUCCCAUCUGAACAGUUUAGGUUAACUUUUGGUACAAACUCUAAUAACAGUUCACAGCACUGACAUCAAAUUCAAUGUGACAUUAAUUCAGAUCCUGUCAGUUUCUUGAUUUGACCUGAUGGGGAUGCUAGUCAAAAUUAACCUGAAAAUAGGAUGUUUCUGGGUCUUUGGUCUUUAAACUGCCUGUUUUUCAGAAUUCCUGUAUGGAUAUUAUUAACCAAUUAAUAUAAUUAUAUUUAAUGUAAUAUCGAUAUAAAAUGUUAAUUUUGUUACAUAAUCCAUGCGUGACUAUACCUGUCUGUCUAAUUAUCUAUCAUUUUGAAGAAUAUGGUUUUCAACAGAAUGCACAUUUUUAUAUAUCAUUUUAAAAAUAUUUAAAUAUUUUGGGAAUUUUGACAGAAGAAUAAGGCAGCACAAUAUCAGGAGUAAGUAACAGUAAUGUAAAGAUACAAGAUUUCUUUUUCAUUUUUAAAAUUAUUUUAAUAAGAAAUUAUUAAAAAUAGUCUAAUUUGAAGUCACAGGAUGCAUUCACUUGACAUUAUUGACUUAUUUUUUUGAUAUUUUUUAGGCAUCUCUCACAGAUUCAGCUAAGAAAAUUUUAGCAGAUACACUUAAGAGUAAGCUGGUAAGGAUUUUUGGAAUUAUUUAUUGUGUCAGCUUGAUUCCAUCUGCCAUGAUUAAAUCAUAAUCAUAUUGUUAUCCCUACAUACAUGAUUAACUAUUUAUUACUGUUAGAGUAUACAGAUUUAGCCAAAACCAGUGGUUAACAUUUGUUAGGGGUCUCUAUCCGACCAUAUCUGAAGUUAUUCUAACUUGCCAAAUUUAUAAAAAAAUAUUAGUUUAAAUCAGAUCUGUCAUAAACAUAAUUUUGUAAAAAUGUGGCUGCAAUGACCUCACACAAUUUGUAUAUUGACCUCUUUGGGUUGCUGGACAGCAAUUGUCUGUCAUGUGAGUCUUACCCUUAACAACACACAAGGGUAAAUUUCCUUCUUCUACUAAAAUUAGCAUCACAUCACCACAGUUGUGGUGAUCGUGGGGUAAUGCUGUUUCUGGGUGCCUUAGUGUCGAAGGCAGACCAGCAGUAGCAUAUGGUAAUGUGAACAAUGAGACAGCAAGUCACAGUGAACACAGUGCUGCUGAUAUAUACCAUACACCUCCCUCCACCUCUUGAUGAGUUGUGAAGUAGAGACAAAUAGUUGUGAUGCACAGUUGUGAUGCAGGGACUCUUGGUGGAUGAAAACUCAGGGGAGGUUGUCACGCACACCAACAUCAAGACUCAGCAGAAUCUGGCACAAAACCAAGAGAGUCUAAUUGACAGAAAAGGGAAAUGGUAUCCCACCAGUGUACCAGAAUUAAAGCAAUUCUGGGCACUAACUAUGCUAUUGGAAAUAAUUAAAAAGCCCUGCAUUAGGUGGUACUGAUUCAAAACCCAGUAUGUAGUAGCCACAAUUUUUCACAGACCAUGAGUGAGUAGGCCCAGGUAUGAAGCUAUACUGUGAUUUAUGUACUCCAGUGACAAUUCGAAGUGCCCCUCGAAAGGUAAUCUGCAGUAUAAUCAUCUAUUCAAAUACCCCUCAAUGUCUUUAACAAACAAUUUGAAACAAUUUACACCCCCAAAAAAUAUAUUUGCAUCGACGAGUCCCUUAUGAAAUAUAAGGGAAAACUGGAGCUUAAACACUGCAUCCCAGCCAAAAAGAUCCCUGUAUGGGAUAAAAUUGGACAAACUGUGUGAAAGUGGUAGUUGCUAUAAUUACAUCUUGCAUAUCUUUGAAGGAAAAGAUAGCCACAGGGUUACCCUGAUAUAGUUGGGACUAGUGGGAAAAUUGUCUGGGACUUAAUUAACCCUUUACUAAACAAGCAGAUAGAUAGACAGGUAUUAGUGCUUUUAAAAAAAAAAGUAGAAUAAAAUAAAUGUAAUAUUACAAAAACAAUAUAAAAUAAUAGCAGCUUAACAUUAAUAUGAGACUUUUCCUGUAAAUAAUACAAUAGAUUAAAAAAAAUGUAGCGCUUAUACAGCCAGAAGUUAUUAAAGUAAUAAUCACCUUUAUAAAUGAUGCCAAUAUUUUAGCUAACACUUGGAUAACACCAUAGGUACCUAUAAAUAACAAUACAACAUAGUGCAGAUUGUACAGAUCCAAGAUGUGUGUAUAUAUAUAUAUAUAUAUCUUUAUAUAUAUAUAUAUAUAUAUAUAUAUAUAUAUAUAUAAUGUGUAUUUUAAACUCACAAACAGAGAGCUAUAAACCUAGCUCUGGUGUAGAUAACGUCCUGUUCCGUACAGGCGACCCACUCCUAUAGGAGAUAUAAAGCCUUUUCCUGGGGACAAUAUGUAAGGUGAAAAAUAGAGUAGCACAGUAUGUGGUAUCUUAAUAAAUCCAAAUGCUAAAUGGGUACUUACAUACGUGGAGCCCCUAUGGCUCUAUGGUCUUGCGUUGUGCAGUUGGGGACUGCACUCCCUGGAUGGGUAAUAAGGAUGAAGAUAAACCGGGAACUAGGAUAUAAAAUUGAACAAUUUAUACCGGAAAACGUUUCACUAUUAGAAUGUAGCUUCCUCAGCCAGAUACAAUGUUGAAUGAUUUAAAGCUACAUAUCUGUAUGUCAAAAAAGCAGAAAUAAAUAAAUAAAAUACCCUUAGGUAAAUAGCAUAUGAUGUCUCUUUUAUAUAAACAGACUUUUGUGUGGUAAUUUUGUUUUGACAAUAAUGUGUGAAAAAUAAGUGUAAGAGAAGUAAUUAAACUUAAAUGGCUAGGAGCUCAGUUCAUUUUGAUAGUUACAGGUCAAAAAAUAAAAUUUCAACGUGGAAAAUUUUUAGACGUUGAUAUGUUUGUCUAGAAAGCUUAAUAGCCAUCACAGUAAACUACAUUUUGUUUGCAUUUUUUUUUUCUUCUAAUCAAUGAGAAUUUAUAUAUACAUAUACAGGCCCUUUUGUCCUUAAAAAAAAAAAAACAUAUAUAAUAUGUGUUAGUGCAAUAAAUGAGACCAUGUAUAUUGCAGCUGAACUCAAACUGUAAAAAAUGCACAAAUUGCUUGUGUCCUUAAGUGCAAGACAGGCUUCUGAAGGUGUGUCCUUAAGGAGAUAAAGAUAAACUUAAAGUCUGCUUUUUUUCACUUUUCCUCCAAGAUGGCUGUUAAAAUGGAUCUGCUGGUUAUGCAGGCAAUCAUUCUGAGUGUAGCCAGGAUGUGUAGCUCAAAUUAAACAUUCACCGUCAAGAUUGAAUUAUAUAUUUGUAGUGUUUUAACUAUAUGGUGAUAGCAUUGUUAAUAAAAUGUUAUUUUGUAAAUAAAAUGUAAUCAACUGUAUUGGAGUUUGAGUGCCUGUGAGAGGCACAGUUUUUAACAAACUGCUCUGAAAUUGUUUGACCGUAAACCAGGGGAAUGGUUUAAACUGACUUUAGAAUAAACAUUUUUUCAGAUUUUAGAAUUUAGUUUAAGUAAAUCGCAAUAGAUAACAUGGUUAGCCAGUGCUCUAAUAUAUCUUUAUAGACAUGUGCAUGUGAGUAAGUUCUGCUCAUUAUCAUAUUCCUGCAAUUUUAUACAUUUCUAUUUCAUCUUUCUUUUUGCUACUAGUUGCAACAGCUUGAAACCAUUCCAGGAAUCUCCAUUCUACCAUGCGGCACAGUGAGUGUCUUACACUGGUCUUUUUUUCACAUACAAUAUAAAAUAUGUUAAUAUAGACCAAAGAAUGACUCACUUUGAGAUAGUAUGACAGAAUGGCAGUAAGUGUCUGUAAACAGUGCAACCCUUUAAAGGUGCUCAAUGUCUAAUGCAUUAACAAUUGGUGCAUUAUUAAAUCAAAUACAUACAUUAAAAUGAAUAUAGAUGCGGUCAUAGAUGAAAUCACAUUAACACUAAUAAAGCGUUGUAAGCGUUAAAUGCAAUUCUAGUUCUGCUUUAGUUAUUUGGGGUACUAGUUACAUAUGUUUGCAUAAUUGUUCUUUGUUCAUUUGGAAUAAUAGAAACAAUGGUGCAAUUAAGUUUUUUAAAAAUCAUUCAAUGGUAAAAAGAUAUUAUUGAACAAGCGGUGGAGUUUGGUGAAAAGGAUUAGGAAUAAAGGUGCCAAAAAAUAUUAUUUUUAUUUUCAUUAACAAUCUUCCUGGUAGCUAACAGCUUAAAGGAACAGCCCAAGCACCAUAGUCAUACGGUGGAGCUAACACCCUAGACACUCCUGCAUAUAAUUAAAAAUAAAUAACUAUAUUCAUUCCUUUUUAUUUAUUAUUUUUUGGUUGCUUCGCCAUGCCUGUACUUCAGAUGCAUAUUUUAACUCCCACCAGCCAUUGCUGGAUUCUGUUUUGGCAUUAUAGUAGUUAUAGUCCAACAGGGGCAGGCAACCCCUUGCACGACUGCAUGAAUCUCUAUAUGCUGCCAUUACUAGCCCUGAACUACUUAAGGCUGUGUGACAACCACAGGGAAAAAAAAACUGUCAACCUGGUGGUUAGCACUCUGUGUGCUUUCAUGCCUUAAACUUGUCUUAAAAGGACACUCUAAGCACCCGACCCACUACAGCUUAAUGUUGUGUUGGCGCUAGGGGAAGAUGUGAACUGCUUAUCUGAACAUGUCUCUUGCAGGUGCCUCCAACCCUAAGGGCAGGUCCUGCAGGACUACUAAUGGGAACUGCGUUCCUGCUGUGGAAAAAGUGCAGGAACACUGUUCCCACACAUUUCUGCAGGACUCAAGCCCUGCUUACAUUGCUUUCUAGGGACACCUCUAGAUGCCCUUCCUGGUGCAGUUCUGCAAUCUUCACAGGAAUAGUGUUAAAGCAUCUUCACGAUCAGCAUGAAGAUGCAGAAAGCUCCCAAUAUAGAUGCAGUAAGCUCCCAAUAUAGAUGCAGUGAGCUAAUUCUUCCCUAUGUGGAGAUGUUGUUUGGAGCAGCAAAGCAAUGUAUGCACAACAGCCGUUAUUGCUCCCCCUUAGGAUUGGCUGACAGGUCCGAAUAUAUACACUAUAUAUCUGUUUCUGCAUUGUAUUCAGCUAUACUAGAUAAAUGUCUGUGGUAAUAACAAUGUCUCUCUCUCAAAACCUUUAUAAUCAUAUCUCAGAUAAUAUGUUAUAAUUAGCCAUCUUGGACUGAGAAGUUAUAAAUAUACACAGAUUAGUCACAUACAUGUAACAAAGAUCAAUUCAUUUUUUUUUAGUUUUGUUUAAAGGUUAGUUUUAGAUAAAGCUGUAACAUUCUUUUAAAUGAAAUAUGUAUUGGUCUAUAUGUAUAUUUUACAUUCAAUUUUUUUAAUUAAUAUUUUAUUAGUAGAGGUAGUAUAUUUGAAUCAAUACAUUUUGUAUAGCAUAUCUUGAUGCUAUGUUUUAUAAAGUAUUUAGAAACAUUUGUAAUUUAAUUUGUUUUAAUGUAUUUUUGUAUUUUUUAAAUCUUUUCUACUUAGAGUCUAUUUGGAUAACAAUACAAGACAAUUUAAAGUAAGAUUAUUCACAAAACUUAUUUACCCAGAAAAUGUAUUUUGCAUUUGUAUCACUUUGACUCCUGGCUUGACUCCUUACACUGGGGAGAGGGAAUACUCUCCAGAUACUGCCCUCUCCUUGGCACAUUAUAAGAAAGAAUUAACACUUCUGAAUUAUCAGUGUUAGUUGUGUAAAUCCUUGAAGGGAUUGAGAGCACAGGGCUAAUCCGCCUCCAGAACAGUUAACCUAUAAACACAAUCCAGAUUGGACAAAAUUGACAAUGUUUAUACAUAAGUGUUAAAUCCUUGUUUUCAAUGCAGGGGAGGAUGGGGCUGGUCACUGGUUGCUGAGGAGAUUCCUGGUAUAUGUCAACUAUCUCUUUGAUUUCAAACUGGAGAAUAAUGCUCUAGCCAACAAAACCAUUACAGUAAAACUUAGUUGUAUAAUUCUGUUUGGGUGAUAAAUUUCACCAACAACAUUCUCACAUUCUCAAACAUUUCAUAAUUUUUUAUUUUUUUUAAAGAAAUGUUAUUAAGUUAUGUUUUAUCUUGGCAGAUCUUGGGCACCUUAGUUUUUGCCCAGGCUGUCACAUUAUAUGGGUUUGGAGUAGCAAUGUUACUGCAAUUCUCAGGUUAAAAUUUAGUGAAUAUCCCUUAUUUUUGGAACUAAGAUUAUCCCUACAAUAUCUAUUCCUCUUGAUUCUUUCUGGACGAUUGACUAUGACUAUGUCACCAAUAUUGUUUUAUAUACUCUUAUCCUCAUUUAGUCAAUACGUUAUAUUUUUGGUUUUGUACUCUACCUUCUAUUUCUCUAUAUAGUGUUAUAGUGUUUUUUUUUUUCUAAAUCAAGAAUAUUACAUUUAAUUAAUUUUGUUUUACUUUAAAGCUCAGUGCAAAUAUAUAUCAUAGUAGUCACUUAUUACUUGAUAUAUCGUAUUAGGACUAUAAAAAAAUAUACCCUCCCCUCUUCUCUCCCUCCUUCCCCCCUUCCCCUCCCCCCCGCUGUCAAUCAGGGAAUUCCGCACAAGUCUUUACCGUAAAACGUUCCUAUCGAUAUUAUUAUCAUCUACUGCUGUGGCCCAACUUCUCUAAAUAUGAACUCAAUAAGGUGGAUUUCUCUACUUGUUUCCACAAGCCUCUCUCUAUUCUUGAUUUUAUAGUGUGUUUUGACUAUAUUUAAAGGGGCACUAUAGUCACCAGAACUACAGCUUAUUGAAUUUGUUCUGUUGAGUAGAAUCAUUACCUUCAAGCUUUUUGCUGUAAACACUGCUUGUUUCAGAGAAAAUGCAGUGUUUACAUUACAGCCUAGUGAUAACUUCACUGGCCACUCCUCGGAUGGCUGUUAGAGAUCCUUCCAGGGUCAUGGCUGACUGAAAUGCAUCCAAACAUUCAGUGUCUCCUCCCUCUGCAUGUAGACACUGAACUUUCCUCAUAGGGAUUCAUUGACUCAAUUCAUCUCUAUGAGGAGAUGCUGAUUGGCCAGGGUUGUGUUUGAAUUGUGCUGGCUCUGUCCCUGAUCUGCCUCCUUGUCAGUCUUAGUCAAUCCUAUGGAGAAGCAUUGUGAUUGGAUCAGGCCACCACUAUCUGAUGAUGUCAGAAGUCAGAGGAAGUUCACAGGCAGAGGCAGCAGCUUUAGACUUGAAUACAAGUAAGAUGUUAUUAUCUUUAGUGAGGCAAAGGUAGCCAAGAGGGCUAGAUAGUGGUUUUAACACUUUAGUGUCAGAAAUACAUGUUUGUGUUCCUGACCCUAUAGUGCUCCUUUAAAUUAUGUAUUACUUUAUUGAUAUAACUUAAUGAGUACAUACAUUCUUCUUUCUCAAUUGAUUUAGAUCUAUUUGCCAUUUAUCAAGGACUUUUAUUUUAAGUUUUUUUCCAUGCCUUCUAUUAGCCUAGUAAUAGGUGAAACUACUAGUUUUCUUUUCAUGUUUUGUUAUAAUAUCAUUUGGGGGGCAUAUUUCACUACUGAUAUAUCUAUAUAUAUUUUAAAUAUUUUUGUUUUGGUAAUUUAUGAUAUUUGCUACUAACUCUCCUCUAUUUUUGUAUAGCUCGUUUCUAGUUGUUACCCCCCGUUUUUGAGUGUUUCUUAAGUUGACAUAUUAACUUAAAGGGCAGUUUAUUUGUGAAAAAUGCAAAAAAACUAAUAUGAACGCCAUGUUUGGCCAGGGUUUGUGACUAUGUGGUUACAAAAAAGACUGGACAUAUGCCAUUUUCAAUACUCUAGGUUCUACUUUUGCAAAUGGUAUGCCAUAAUAGGGGUUAAUUUUCAUGCCUGGGCUGCCAUACAGUCUCAAAGAAACAUAGGUCCUGCAAACCAUUUUGGCAAAUUUCAAUUUUUUUAAAAACUGAAAAGGGGGAAAGCCCUAUAUUUGGCCCUGUAAUCUUACAAUACCCCAUAAAACCUGUAGGUAGGGGUACUGUUAUAUUUGUGAGACAUCACUGAACACAAAUAUGUUUGUUAUUGCAGUUAAUGCUAAAAGUAUUAUGACAUUCACAGUUAAAAUGCUAUACAGAACUAGGCAUUAAACAACAUUUCUUAAUUUCUCACAUUUUGUAUUCAUAUUAAAUUGGGUUCCAUAUAGAAAUAUUUGAUGUGAAAUGAAAGCCCUAUUUCCCCUAAAUAACAUGAUUUCUAAUAAGUGUGGGUGCACUUAAUAUGAAAGGGGUAAGUUAUGAUUGAACAGACAUAUAGCUCAAACUUCAGGUUUUGUUUUGAUUAGAACUUUUACAACUGGCUUCGUCCUUAACACCUUCAGGACGGAGUCAAUUGUACAUGUUUGAUCCAAACAAAAUGUAAACAAAAGCUUAAAUUUGAGCUAUUUGUCUGUUUAACCGUAAUUAACCCCUUUCAUAUUAAGUGUACCCACACUUAUUAUAUAUAAUUUUGUUCAGGAGAAACAGAGCUUUCAUUUUACAUUGUGUGUGUGUGUGUGUAUAUCACUCCUAGGACUUCAGAAAUAUGUUGAAAAAAUUAUCUUUAUUCAGGCAUCAGCCUAGGUGGAUCAACGUUUCAGUUCACUAAUGGAACUUACGUCAGGAUACAGUGCUGUACAAUAAACAGUGCUUAAAUAACAUAACAGUAAUGAAUACAUUGUAUACAGCCUGUGUACUUACAAUUAACCCCUGGAAUGUAGCCAGCUGGUGUGUGAAUAUCAUGAUUAAAAUGUACCCUGUUCAGCUGAAAUCGCUGGUGAAACAAGCUAGAAUGAUUUUUUUGUGUUCCACUAGUUGGCAUGGUUACAAGUUGGAACACAAGGGGGCGUGUGUAUAGAGCACAGCUGGGAGCCGAUCGUGUGUUGCCGGCUGUGUGGGGACUAGUAGUACCGAUCACUAUGUAUAUCGUGCUUGGGAUAGGGCUAGACUGGGAAGAUCUGGGUGAAUAUUAAAGUAUAGUGGUGCCCACGAUCAAAGAAACGAUCAUAUAGGGGAUAAAGACAAUUGGCAUAUGCAGUGUUAAAUUCUGCUGGGGUACCGUUGUAAUAGUGGUGUGGUGGACAGAUAUGUUGAAAGCAUAGCAGUCUGUAUGGGCAUAUGGAUAACAAUACAUUUCGUAAAAGCAGACAUGUAAAUAUGUGGCGUAUAUUGAAAGAAUGCGAUGUCAGUGUGUAGACAGAGCUCGGAUGAGCAGAGCUAAGGGGGCAUGUGGGAUAAAAGGAAGGAGGACCAAAACAGCUGUUUAGCAGAGGGGCCACUAAGUGGGUAAUAGCAAAGAAGUGUACAGAGAUAAAUAGAGAUACACAGUAGCCUAGUACUAAAGUAAAAAGUAAACAUAAACAUAAUGCCCAGGGUUGGAUAUAGAUAAAUCAACAUUUAGUACACAAUUGAAUAAGUGUAUAGAGACCAUUCUGCAAGGGGAAAACGAACACAGGGGUAGUACUGCUAGGCUAAUUGUGUAUAUUACAGAGUAUACAAGUAAAUGUGUAGCUGAUACGGGAUAUAUGUAGUAUGUUUAAGCCAGACAAGGAAAAAUAACCAAAGAAAACUAACAGUAGUAGCUAAGUAGCUGGAACUGCAUUUAAAUUAAAUUGGUAAUGCAAAUGGGCAUGCAACACAUGAAGUAAUACAUGCAAUAAUACAAAACUCAUCGUAGAUACUAGAAGUGUACUGUAUUAGAUAUCUUAGCCGUAUAGACAAUAUUCAAUAAGUAACAUUAACGAGCAGAGUAUAUAUUAUACUGCCAGAGAGAGAUUAGCUUGCUCCAUCUGGUGAUAUAUUGAUAGUCCAUAUAUAGAUCAAGUUCAAAAGGCCAAAUAUAUAGUAGUCAUAUUGGUCUUAAUGAGAUGAUCAUAGAAAUAUCCUAAGGAGUACUUCUCAUUAAGUCCUCUAGAGAAAACAGUGUCGAGAGUCUUAAUCCAGUAUAGUUCUUUCUGAAGAAGUUUCUUGCGGCCAACGCCCCUUAGUGGCAAAGGUAUGUGGUCGAUUGCCGUGAAUUUCAUGGUGGGUAGUGGAUAAUUGAGUUCAAGAAAGUGUUUGGCCACAUGUAGGUCAGAGCUUUUGUCUCUGUAAGCCACCCGUAUACUCGAGCGGUGGUUACGAAUUCUCUCUCGUAGUGGCAAAUCGGUUUUCCCUAUGUAUGCCAGACCACAGGGACAAAGAAGUUUAUAUACAACAAAGUCACUUGUACAGGUUAGUUGAUGGCGAAUAAUGUAUUUCUUCCCAGUAUGGGGGUGUGUGAAGGUCUUAGUAGGGAUCAUGUGACAACAUGUCAUACACCCCAGGUAUCUGUAGCAUCCUAGGUUCUGGUGUUUAGACUGGAUUGUAGCAGUGAGUAGGGUUUGUUUUGACUAAUAAGUCUUUUAGAUUGUUACCUCUGCGGUAGCACAUCAUGGGUGGGUUUUUGAACAAUUCUGGAAGUGUAUCGUCGUUCUUCAUAAUUCUCCAAUUACGAUCCAGAGUACUCUUGAGGUGGUGUGACCCUGUAGUAAAAGUCGUGGGAAAGAUGAGUCUUUCAGAUUUAGAUAUAUAUAUCUAUAUAUCUCAAUUAAGUUGAAUAAAAACUAAAAAAGUGUGAUAAAUUAAUAUUUUAGUUUUUAGUUUUGUGUGGCAUUUUAACUGUGAUGGCCAUAAUACUGUUAGGGAUUACUGCAAUAAAAUACACAUAUUUGUAUCCAGCGAUGUCACAUGAGUACACCAGUACCCCCCAUGAACAGGUUUUAUGGUGAUUGGAAAGUUACAGGAUCAAAUAUAGCACUUUUCAUUUUUCAGUUUAUACACAUUAAAAUCUACGUAUCGUAGUCCAGGAAUGAGAAUUACCCCCAAUCAAUAUUUCCUUGUAGUAGUACAACUGUGAAAAUUAUUUAGUGCUGAUUAUAUUGUAUUUUGUAUUACAGAGACACCCGACUUCAAAUCUUACAGAAGUCUUUGGAAGCAUAUAAAUGCAAUAUAUAUGCUGUUUGAUUAAAUUUCUCCGUGAUUCCAAUGAUUCAAAUAUGUUGAUUUCUCUUCUUUCAGCUUGACUGAAUUGUCAGAUUAAUCCAAUGAAAAGGAAAACUAAUCUUUUUUAAUUACGUAUAAUAAACAUAUUUUGUGCAAACUGAAAUAA